AUGGGCAAACUCUCUGAACUCACUUCCAAGGUCACCGGUGGCAGCAGCCACGGUAGCCACGGUAGCCACGGUUCCUCUGCCGGUGGUCCCAAGGAGGACUACGUCGACAAGGGUCUCGACUCUCUCGAAACCAAGUACGGCCACGGCAAGAUCAACCCUCAAGACCACAAGACUCGUGCCACCAACGAGAAGAUCACCGACGGCGCUCGUCACAAGUUCGAGAGCGCUACUGGAAUCAACGUCCCGUCCAAGAUCUCCAACUAG